GUGUAUAUAUACAUAUACACAAGUGCAAAAAUGAUUUUUAAAGUUUCCGCUAACUAAAUCCCUUUCUAACGUUAAGUGCGUAUCCCACUACUGGUUGCAGGUUUGGUUACGAUUGGAUGUUGGAAAUCUACCAAUCAGAGCGAAACAAUUUACCGGCCAGGUUGCGAAUAAUAAUUUAGAGUCUCCCAGUCUAUUUUUGACUUAUUUGUUAUAAAAUUAUCCAAAAAGUUGCGAAAAAAAUCAUAUGUAGACAGUUGAUUCUUAAACGUGUAGUAUAAUCCGCCAAUUCAUUAUUGUUAAUCGUAAUCGCGACCGCAAUCAAACUCGCAGUUUGUAGUGGAUUACGACCUUUCGAUCGUUUUCCAGUAAGAAACAUUGGUACACAAAAUUAUUCUAUUCAUAUUAUCGCGUGCAAUAAAAGUCCGUCAAUUAUAUAGGUUGAAUCUUUACGCAUGCGCAAUAAGCGUAACUAGUAUAGUGUAUGAUUAAAUAAGGACAUACUAUCAAGAAUAAUGACAAAAAGCAAUGAAGAAAUGGAUAUAUCAAGUUCAGAAGAUGAAAUAUCUACACAUAUACUUAAAGAAGCAGUUGAUCAACAAUUCUUAAAUGAAAAUCUUUAUAAUACUCAAUCUAGAGAAUUAAAAAUCAACAAAUCAAACAAAAAAUCUUUGAGAACAAAUUUGAAAGAGAAGAAUCAAUUUAUAAAUUUUGGUGUGACUACUACAUUUCAGAAUUUUGUUGCCAAGAAGCUGGAUGAAAUGUUAGAAAGAAUUAUUGAUACAAAACAAUAUAAAACUACUGAUUAUUGCAUGAAAUCACAAAGAAAAAGAAGUGAAAAAUCAGGAAUAAAACUUCUAAGUUCAUCAAAAAAAUUUUUAAGUACCACAGAAACAUAUCCAGUUCAUGAAAAGAAAUCUAAAAAGCGCAAGAACUGCUAUGAGCUUGUAGAAGACGACGAUGCAAUAUCGAAAUUCCGAGAGGCUGCUGUUGAUCCAGGACAUAUAUUAAAUAAAUUAGAUACAAAAGCUUGGACUAAUAAGAGGCCAGAGCCAGAAUUUAAAUAUAAAAGAUUAAAAAAUGGUACUUUAAUAGAACAAUCGUAGUAUUUA